ACCAAUUGAUUAAAAAAACAUUUUUUGUUAUUGCACUCGUUAUGGUAAAUAAAAAAAAUCUUUCCCCCGGAGUUCCUGCUGUGGAAAAAGUGCAGGAAUUCAGUUCCCACGCGUUCCUGCAGGACUUUAGCCCUGGGUAAAAAGUCAUCCCAGUUUUCACCAAUCCACCAGGGAUAACUAGCUGAUCGGUGGAGGUCCAACUUCUGGGACCCCCCAUGUUCCUGGAAACGGAUGUCGUGUCCCCUGAAUUAAUGGCAUGAAAGUACUCCAUUCAUUCUUUAUGUGGCUGCGGACCCCCACCAAUAAGCUAGCUGUCCUCUACACUGUGGCUGGGGGUGUUAGGAAAACAUUGUGGGAAAUACUUCUCCCACAGUAAAAAUCAGAUAUCAGGAAGGGGUUAAUAAAAAUGACAGCUUUGGCAGAUCACACAUAUGAUGGGGGGAUAUCCCCUCUAAUGCCACUUGGCUUAGAAUGGGUGAGCUCCGUGUAAGGAAAUGGUGUGGGGCUGGCAUGCACUGAUGUACUGUGCCCUGAAUACACCUGCCCCAUGUUUUACAUCCUGCUGUAUUUGUAUCCCCCAACCUGUGUCUCUUUAGCAGUUCAGCAUGAUGGGAGUUGUAGUUUUACACCAGCUAGAGAGAACACAGCGGUGACACAAUAUACAGACCCUGUCCUGACCCAGGAAGUGCUUCCCUCUCCUUGCCAUGUUCCUCUAUGGACUUUGCUUCAUGCUGUUAUGCCCCGUCUUGGAGCCGCCAUAGCAGAGCAUGGGCAGCGCGGUGUCUCUCAGGCUCCCCCUCGCGGCCGGGGCACACCAAGUAGGCAGCACAGACGUCCUGGUGGGAGCCGGCAAGGAGGGCUGCUUCUUCCGCCUCUUCUACCCUUGCAGUUCGUCAGCCGCUCAGAAAACGGAAACCCCGUGGUGUCCUGACCCGCAGUACCUGUCUGGUCUGAUCGGUAUCCGAGGCUGGGAGGGCAGAGCUGCACAGUACGGAGCGUCAUUUGUGCUGGGGAAUCCACAAAUUCCUGUAACGUGGAAUGGAAACCUUUUGCCAGGUACAGAUAGGAAACCACUUAUCAUCUUCUCUCAUGGACUGGGGGCUUUGAGAACAAUGUACUCCUCCCUGUGUGCGGAAUUGGCAUCCAAUGGUUUUCUGGUCGCUGCAAUUGAACACAGGGAUGGUUCAGCUUGUGCUACGUACCAUUAUUCAGAAGGAGAUUCCAGCACAUCUCUGCAGGAGAUAUGGGUCCCAUUUAAAAAAGUGCAACCACCAAUGAAAGAGUUUUAUCUUCGUAACUAUCAGGUUCACCAAAGAGCAAGUGAAUGCAUCAGAGCUGUGAGAAUUUUGGAGGACAUAGAUAAAGGACGACAAGUGUCUAACAUCAUGGACUCGGGCUUCAGUCUAGAUGCUUUUAAGGAUAGAAUAGACAUAAACAGAAUAGCUGUAAUGGGUCAUUCAUUUGGGGGAGCAACUGCCUUGCUUAGUUUGGCAAAGGACAAUAUUUUACGGUGUGCAGUAGUUUUGGAUGCUUGGAUGUUUCCCCUAGAUGACACUUGCUAUCCACACAUACAGAAACCAAUAUUAUUAAUCAAUACUGAAACCUUUCAGACAAGAGAAAGUAUAGAAAAAAUAAAGAGAAUGAAUUCAGAGGGGGCAGAUCUAAAAUACCUGACUGUGAAGGGAUGUGUUCACCAGAGUCAAACUGAUUUAGCCUUUGUGACUGGGUACCUGGCUAACAAGAUAGUAGGCCCACAAGGAACAUUGGAUCCACAUCACUGCCUGAAGAUCCACAUUGCUUAUUCACUUGAUUUUCUGCAGAAGCAUCUGGAUUUGGCUAUAUCUGUUCCGAAGAUAGAAGAGUUGAGGGAAGUGAUCCAAUCUCAAGUCAUUUGUGGAUUUCCUGUAAUAAAAGACAGUAAACUAUGAGUGUGACAUAGGAAGAUGCAUGUCUGUCUUUGCAACCUCUACUAAGUUGACCGGGGCCGAGCCUGAGAAAAUCACUGACAGAAUGGGGCUUUGUUAUGGCAUUCAGAGGCCCUUGUGUUGUAAUAAAUAAAGCAGCACUGUUGCUUCAAAUAUG